AGCUGGGCUGGCCUGAUCAAUCAAUCUGCACCGGUGAUUCCCCCUCGAUCCAUUUCUCUUUCCCCUCCACCGAUUCGGCCGGCGAGAGUCUCCGCAGGCUCGCCGGGAUCGCGAGUCCACGAUGGCCGCCAACUUCUGGACGUCGUCGCACUGCAAGCAGCUACUGGACCCCGAUGAUGUGGACCUGGUGCCGGCGGCGGACCGGGAGCGGGGCAUCACGCCAGAGGAGUUCCGCCUCAUCAAGAUCCAUAUGUCGUUCCGACAACUUGUGUCUUCUUGGAUGCCUUACCAAUACAAGCAUUUGAUGAUUUCAGAUAUCUGGAGGCUGGCACAACAGGUUAAAGUUAGGCAAAGAGUUAUAGCUACAGCAGUCACUUACUUCAGGCGUGUGUAUACAAGGAAGAGCAUGUCAGACUAUGAUCCUCGUUUGGUUGCACCUACUUGUUUGUAUUUGGCAUCUAAGGUGGAGGAGAGCACAGUGCAAGCUCGGCUUCUUGUCUUUUACAUAAAAAAGAUGUGUGGUUCCGAUGACAAGUAUCGGUUUGAAAUUAAGGAUAUUCUUGAAAUGGAAAUGAAGCUCCUCGAAGCUCUUGACUAUUAUUUGGUUGUUUUCCAUCCAUACCGUCCUCUCUUACAGUUAUUGCAAGAUGCUGGCAUAACAGAUCUGACACAAUUUGCCUGGGGCCUUGUUAACGAUACAUACAAGAUGGACCUUAUCCUCAUAUACCCUCCCUACAUGAUUGCACUGGCCUGCAUAUACAUAGCAAGUGUUCUAAAAGAUAAGGACACCACAGCAUGGUUUGAAGAGCUCCGUGUUGACAUGAACAUAGUUAAGAAUAUCUCUAUGGAAAUAUUAGACUUCUAUGACACCUACAAGAUUGAUCCUCAAAGGGGCAUUCCUGAGGAUAAGAUAAGCUCCGUGAUGAACAAGUUGCCGGCGAAGGCUUGACUCAGAUUUGGCGUCUAUUCAAACUUUCUUAGAAUGUAAACUAGUAGUAAGCUACAUCGCACUUCCAACAUGUGUGUGUACUCAGUCUGCACUGUCGCUUGUGACGUGUUGAUGAACUACUUGUUGACAACUCCGAUGGAAUUUGUUAUGUAUGCUGCUGUUGUGAAUUCCAAGUUAGUAGUAUCUGCAUAUUUUAACUAUUUUAUUACAAAAAUGUUGUUCCAGGGUUAUCCAUUCA